GGACUGACCAUGACUUUACAACGGACGGACACAGCACCGAGCCGUCCUCUCUCACCCCAACCCGUGGAUUACAGGAUAGAACCAGUUGGACCAAUCGAGCUGCCGAAGCCACUGGAUGUGCGGAUUCCCAACAGGGCCGAACAAGUGGGAGCAUUUCCAUGGCCUGAGCGAUUCUUCAACAGAAGGAAGCUUCCUAAAGACUGGGAGAAUACCCCAUGGCUUUAUGCCACACUUCGAGAAAUGAAACAAAACCUGAAGUGCCCCGAAGAAGAAGAUAUAUUACGCUCUUUGCGGACCGAGGAGAACUGGGUCCCGGACCAGUUCCGACUCGAUACUUUUCUCGAUAUUCUCUGCGGAAGAACACUUCAGCAGUUAGAAGAAGAUGAAGAAGGGGUGCCGGAAACCAAAGUAGCACUCCUCAUUGACAGCAACAAUCUCGGCAUUGAACCGGUAUUCCGACCCUUUCUUGGAGGCCUGUCAGCAAGGCAGCUAUUGAGAGAGGCGACCAAAGAACGCUAUGAAGCCGAAAAUGAAUCUUCUCCUGAGAGCAGUGGCUUUGUCGAAGCAGAACGCAGGUUGAUCUACGUGGUUGACCUAGAUGCUUGGGCCAUUCUUGCUCUCCUUGGUUCCUCUCCGGAGUCUCUCUACAGGGAGGUAACUGAGUGCAUACUCAAUUACCUCUCUGCCAAGAGCGAUAUAGGUGUCUCUUUCGCAACGGAAGGACCGGAAACGUUUCUCCUUCAACUAUCCCUUCCGGUCAGGGCCUUACGUAAGACUGCCGAACUGAAGAGUGACAAUCGGAAAAAGAGGUCAAAUGAGGAACCCCUGAGAUCAUCAACAGACAUCACAUUUAUGAGGAGAUUCACUGAAACGCCUAUCGACGCCCUUUCCAUUGACGUUAUUUACUCGAGUCAUAUGAGUGCAAUCGUCACAGGCUCUGACCAGCAUCGCUGGACCGGAGUCGCAUUCCUUGAGAGCUGGUUCGAGGAUGUUCUCGACGACGAACCGUGCCCCGACAUGGUAGCACGCUAUGACAACGACAAAGACGAUGGACUAAUAUCCGACCCACUUUGGAGAGGGAAAAACGAUGUAAUGAGAUCUUCGUGGGAGCCUCGCAGCUACUUCAUUCGUAUUUUACAGAUUCGUCUCAAUCACGUCAACGGCGAAUGGGAAUCCUUGUACUUUCACGUCCACAAGGCCAAUGCAGCAGCGCUAAGACAACACAAGAAGCUUUGUCAGGACCUUCUACUAGUGUCCCGUAGCUCCAGAGCGAAACAAGAAGCUGAGAGAAAGUUGGACGAGUGUGAGAUCAGCGUCAAGGAAACUGAAGAUGUUCUGAGGGACCUGCAAAAAGUUCUCGGCGAGACACUAAGUAGUGCCUCGGUUUUUACGACAACGCACGUGAACUACUUCUUACACCAGGAUGGCCGAGUUGGAGAUGCCAUAGAUUGCAUGAUGCCCUUAUCCCAGAUCCGUAAAACAUUGAAUAAUAUGAGCCAGACCCACCGAGAUAUCGGCGAGCUACGAAAAAUGUGCGAGUCGAUGCUUGGGAGUGGCAUUUCUGCGAGGCAGAAGUGCAUCUUGCAAAAUAAGAUGGACGCGAAGAGCGAGCUGGAUCAAAGAUUGUCGUGGUGGAUAACUAUGAUGUCUCAACCACUCCUCAACGUAGCUGCGAUUUUCAGCUGCGAUGGUAUCAUCACCUUCCCGCGGACAUGGUACAAUUUCAUCUGCGCUCUCUUCUUAAUGGUAGCUGCUAUGGGGUCUAUUGUUGUCUUCUUACUCAAAUUGGUCAACUCUGGUGUAAGCCUGUUUGAACUUCGACCGAGAGGCGAGAGUUCCACCGAGAAGUCAAGCGACUGUUUACGAGAACGCGGCGUGACAGCCCUAGUUGACGUCAACAACCGCUUGUCGCCUCGCAGAUCCACCUGGUGCACAAGCGGACCGGAUCACUCCCAGAGACACGGAAGCGACAUUGGUCUUCUUGACUUACCGGGGCGGAGUGUGUUGGGUCAACCGGCGGCAACGGAACCGAGCCUUUCGAAGCCCCCAACUGCAAUCUUGGCAAGCCGUCAAGUCUACACCGAACCUCUUGCUCAAAGGGCCUGACGUAAGACCUGGCACUUGAAGAGCACACCCUCUCAAUCAACGACUCCAGCAUAUCUUCCUCCAUGGGUUUUGCGACUUUUAAACAUGGCAGCUAGGACCUACCCGCUUGCACUACGGAGAGCCCUGCCACAGUCUUCUUCGAGGGAACUCUUGGUGUCCACGGCUAUUGUAUCUAUCCCUUUGGAUUUUAGCUUUCCGAACAGUCAUCCUGCAUGUUCAGCCAAUUAAAGCACGUCUUUAGAACCUCAAUUCUCUACGCCUCAGCAGGUCUGCUUAUGGGCUAAAAGACACUGAUACCCGCCCACAGCCGCCACCAUUCGAGGGGCCUGCGCCACAAUCAUAAUUGCCAGUCAGUAGCAUUUGCCCGCGGUCAUAGUCAAAGCACGGAUACAAAGCGAUCGCGAUUGCUCCAUU